GGCCGGGCCCCGCGGCCCACGUGACCCCGCCCGGCCGAGGGCCCGGUGCGCGCGGGGAGCGCCUGCUGGAGCCGGCGUGCAGCGCGGCGGCCUUCCUGACCCGUUCUUUGCCGGCAGGAAGACGUCCCCAAAGGUCGCAUGUCAGCCAGCAAGUCUGACCCCCGACGCCUGGAGAGCAGAGACUGGCAGGCCGUGGAGGAGUGCCACUGUCCAGCUUAGCUUGCUUCUGGGCCGUGGACUUGGCCUGCCCCAUGGCUCGCAGGCUGCAGAUCCGGCUGCUGACGUGGGACGUGACGGACACACUGCUCAGGCUGCGCCGCCCCUUGGGGGAAGAGUAUGCCGCCAAGGCCCGAGCCCACGGGCUGAAGGUGGAAGCUGCAGCCCUGGGCCAAGCCUUCAGGCAGGCCCACAGGGCCCAGAGCCACAGCUUCCCCAACUACGGCCUGAGCCAGGGCCUCACCUCCCGCCGCUGGUGGCUGGACGUGGUCCUGCAGACCUUCCACCUGGCAGGCAUCCAGGACGCUCGGGCCGUGGCCCCCAUUGCUGAGCAGCUGUAUGAGGACUUUAGCAGCCCCUCCAACUGGCAGGUGUUGGAGGGGGCUGAGGCCGCCCUGAGGGGCUGCCGUCGGCGGGGUCUGAGGCUGGCGGUGGUCUCCAACUUUGACCGGCGGCUGGAGGCCGUACUCACGGGGCUGGGCCUGCGGGAGCACUUCGACUUUGUGUUGACCUCUGAGGCUGCCGGCUGGCCCAAGCCGGACCCCCGCAUUUUCCAGGAGGCCUUGCGGCUGGCUCACGUGGAGCCCGCAGCAGCAGCACACGUCGGGGACAGCUACCGCUGUGACUACCAGGGGGCGCGGGCUGUGGGCAUGCACGGCUUCCUGGUGCUUGGCCCGGAGCCUCUGGAGCCUGCGGUCAGAGAUUCCGUCCCUGAAGAACACAUCCUCCCCUCUCUGUCCCGUCUCCUGCCUGCCCUGGACCGCCUAGAGGGCUCCACCCCAGGGCUUUGAAUGUGGUGAGGGCCGUGGUCCUAGGCCACUGGAGACGAGCAGUGCCUCCUUCCCCCCACUCCUGGACUCUGCCCCCCACAGCCUGUUCUGCCUAUAAACAGUGAGUGCUGGCUUUUAGCCCUGCCCGCUGCCCGGUCCGGGACUGUUUGCUCAUUCUCUUUCACACCUGUGUCCCUUUGCCACCAUGCAUCCUCCUCCCCUCCCCCGAGAUUCACCCAGGGCCAGCUAGCUUUGAAAAACUGGGCAUCUUCAGAUUUUGUUUUAGCAACAGGGUCCCUAUGUCGGGGGAGAGCUGAAAUGCAAAACCCGAGACAUGGCUUGAGUCAACACAGGAAUCCCAACGGAGGCCUCUCCUGUAGCCCCUGCGACGCCAUCUCCCUGGAUGUGAGAGGUCAGAGCUGCCUGAAAAACCGGGGUGCAAAAGCUGGGCUGUAGGGACCCCGUCCACAGCCCCCCAGUCUGAGCAGAUCUGAGGCAGAACAUGGCCCGGCACUGUUGACCUGGCCUGCCCUGUGUUUGCGUGUUCAGUUCAUGAUAGGCGUACGUAACCCUCCAAACUACUAAGGCACAAAAGUGCGCCUCCCGCUUUGCAAAUGAGAGAUCCAGGCUUCACUGCAAAGCUCCAACGCAGUGGAGGUCCUGAGAGAGCAGGGAAAGACACCCCCGUCUUGGGGACAAAGAUGCGCCCAGGGUGGCAGGAGGGGCAGGUAGGGGGAACAAUGAGAGGUUAAAGCCGUGGGGUGGGUUUUAAAGAUGCCAAGACAGGCACACACAGUGCAUGUUCUAGUGCCUGCAGCCAGGGGGAGCCCUGGAGUGGACCCUGAACUGCGGUUGGCUGCAGGGAGUGGCGACGAGAUGGGCAGAGAACAUCCUGCAGCAGGCCGCUGAACUGUGGACUGACGGCCACUGCGGGGAGGGGGACAUGGAGGCCUUCAGGUGCCAACUGGAGGAGCUUGACUUUGAGCCAGACCGCUGGGCCGUGGCUGCCCAGGCAAAGGCAGGGCUGAUACAUUCAAACUUCACCAAAACCCCUGUUUGUCUGCCUGGCGCCAAAGCUGGUGUCGCAACAAUAAUUCCUGAGCUUCCAGCAGUGAGGACGCUGGUCACAAGCUGUGUGGUCUCAGCUGCCAGGGCCUCCAAGGUCAUUUCAACCCGAAUAGUUGUUAACAGGUGUUCUUUAUUUUUACUGUUUCUUGGAAAACAGAGACAGAGAUAUCCUCCAAUCAUCGGUUCACUGCCUAAAUGCCCACCAUAGCUGGAGCUGGGCCAGGUCAGAGCCAGGGGCCUGGAACUCAAUCCAGGUCUUCCACAUGGGUGGCAGUACUUGAGCCAUCACCUGCUGCCUCCCAGGGUGUGCAUUAGCAAGAAGCUGGAAUGGGGAAGGAGCCGGGACUUGAACCCAGGCACUCCAGUACGGAGUGCGAGCAUCCCAGGCCGAGUCUUAACCACUGCCCCUCAGUCGGAGUCCUGUGGACUGCAGUUAUGUGCCCAGAGUUUGAAAUAACUUACUGACCAAACUUAAACAUCAAGAGAUUUCACGUAAAAAUCAGGAGUGUUUUCAGUUUUUCUCCAAAGAUCUCUGUUCCUGGCCAUUCUGGGUGUGUGUGCCUGCAUGGCCGGAAAUGACAGGCUGUGGCUGUCCCCAUCCUGUGCUGUCUCAGUCACUGACUGUUGACCCUCACCGUCUUAUGUUGUGGCCUCCCCUGAUUAAACAGUGGUUUCUCUCUU